UGGCCGGGAGGGUGUGUAGCGGCAAAUAGUGCAUGGUAAAAAUGCUCUUUCGGUCGGUUUAUCGGUGCCGCAGUGGGGAGGACAACCGCCACCUUCGGAGCGAGACAGUGCCUAUGGUGGGAGCGAAGGUUUCUUGUGGUGGCAACGCGACGCAGGCCGCUGCUCGCAGACUGUCUCUGGAUGUGCCUAUUGAUCGAUCGCAGAGGCGAAUCUCGGACAUUUCCAUUGUUGUGAGGCGCGACGCUUGCCAUGUGCUGCUCGCGGCGGGGUGCGGGUGUGCGGGUGGGAGAGGAGGGGGCGAGGUUGGGCAAGAGAGCCAGGGUCGGCAAGGCUGCCAUCAAUCGAGGUCGUGGUCGGGAUGGCGACUCAGCACAGGCCAGCCAGCGACCAGGGUAGCUUGUGGGCCAAGAGCUGCGGUGGCAGGGCCCCUGCAGUGGUAA